CGAGGGUGGUAGGUGUGAGAUUUGACCAAACCCGCCCUCCACCUCCUCUCAAGUUCUCAACGGACUCGUCCCCCUCUCUCUCUCUCUCCCUCUCCAUGUAUAAAUACCCAUCGCCACCCUCCUUUCGUCUCAGCUUGACGUUCCCAAAGAGAACACCAAGCCUUCAGUUUCCCCCAAAACAAAAUUUAAAAAUAUAUAAUAUCAAUUUCCAUUUUUCUAAAUUCCAUCCGAGUCCCCAACACAAUGCAGUCUCUUCUUCCGCCCUCACCAAACAAUCUCACAAGCCCCGCACUCCGCCUCGCCCGCCUCGCCCCCACCCGGCUCCCCGUCUUCAAAUGCGCCUACCGCUCCGACUCCGUCCACUUCCCCAACGGCGUCGGCUCCAGUCGCGCCGACUGGCAGAGCUCCUGCGCCAUUCUUGCCAGCAACGUCGUCUCCCAGCAACCCCAUACCCCCUCCGACAAAUCCGGAACCGCUGACCAUGUUGCCUCCGUCAACGGCCACAAGACCUCCGUUGACCUCGAUAUUGUCCCCAUCGAAAAGCUCGAAGACGACAAGUCGAUUUCCCCGCCUCCGCCUCCCAGGGCACUCACCAUCACCGACUACUCUCCAGCUCCUAUGCACGGCUCCCAGCUGCGCGUGGCCUACCAAGGCGUCCCCGGCGCGUACUCCGAAGCCGCCGCCGGCAAAGCCUACCCGAAAUGCGAGGCCAUCCCCUGUGACCAAUUCGAAGUCGCCUUCCAGGCCGUCGAGCUCUGGAUCGCCGAUCGAGCAGUUUUGCCGGUCGAAAACUCCCUCGGCGGCUCAAUUCACCGUAAUUACGAUCUCCUCCUCCGCCACCGCCUCCACAUCGUUGGAGAAGUCCAGCUCCCGGUCCACCACUGCCUCUUAGCCCUCCCCGGAGUCCGAAAGGAGUACUUGAACCGAGUCAUCUCGCAUCCCCAAGCCUUAGCUCAAUGCGAGCUGACUCUCACCAAACUCGGCCUCAACGUCGCCCGCGAGGCCGUCGACGAUACCGCCGGCGCGGCCGAGUUCGUCGCGGCCAACAACCUUCGCGACACGGCAGCGAUAGCCUCCGCGCGAGCCGCCGAGCUCUACGGCAUGGAGAUCUUGGAGAACGGGAUCCAGGACGACUCGAGCAACGUGACCCGCUUCGUGAUGCUGGCCCGGGAGCCGAUCAUCCCCCGUACGGACCGGCCGUUCAAGACGAGCAUCGUCUUCGCGCACGACAAGGGGACGUCGGUGCUGUUCAAGGUCCUAUCGGCGUUCGCCUUCCGGAACAUCAGCCUGACGAAGAUAGAGUCGCGGCCGCACCGGAACCGUCCGAUCAGGCUGGUGAGCGAUUCGAACGAGGGGACGGCGAAGCACUUCGAGUACCUGUUCUACGUGGACUUCGAGGCAUCGAUGGCGGAGGUCAGGGCACAGAACGCGCUGGCGGAGGUGCAGGAGUUCACGUCCUUCUUAAGGGUCCUGGGAAGCUACCCCAUGGACAUGACUUCUUGGAGUCCUUCCAGGGGGGGUGAUUAGUGCAAUUACCUGAUUCCUUAGGCCCCGAAAUAGUAAAAUUAUUACCACAAAGAACAAGGACUUGGGAGAAAAUUUGAUAUUUUUCGAUUUUCUCUCUCAUUCGCUUACCUACCCUUUUUUAUUAUUAUUAUUUUUUUAAUAUUCGAUGGAUCUGAAUCUGGAUCGAUGGGUGGGCCCAUGCCAUCACAAGCAAGUGAAUACAAUUUGGAAUUUGGUGUUUGGGUAAAUAUAUUUAUUUAUUUGUAGUUUUUGCAUUUUUUCAGUCGACUUUUCUUAUGUCACGUGUAAGAAUGAACAAUUAGAAUUCUUUUUUUUUCUUUUCCUUUUUGUUAGUAAUUUGGAGAUUAUUUUUCUUUUGUUUGCGGUGCCGUCUGUAUUCGAAGAUUACAGUUUGAUUCGUAACGUUAUUGUCAGUUGUUGAAAA